AUGGGUGCCGUGGAUCAUUUUAUCUGGGUUCAUCCAGGAGAGGUAUUUUACUUUGAAGAUUCGAUCAAUGGAUCUAUCACUUUUGGAGCCUUCCUUGUGAAUCUUCGGAGCACGACAGCAUGCAUCAAAAUUACCUCCCCACGGACAACGCGAGGCUAUGUCCUGAGUGGUUCGGACGCACAGUUGCCGAAUGGAAAUGUGUAUGUCGCAGGUAACAAUCUGUACCAGCUAACACUGAGAUUAGUUUCGGUAGAACCAUUUUCUCCAACCUAUCAGUUGGAAGAAUUAAAGCAUAAAAUGUUACUACAAAAGAGAACAUUUUGUAAUGAACUACGUCCAAAGAUAAACCAAAUCAUGCACAAACCAGAUGCUGCAGCACCAGAUAGCGUGGAGCUAAUUUGCAGUCUGUAUACGACCGGACACAUUGUUGUAAACCAACGUCGGGAAAUACUCUCCGGCGAAGAUGCAACAAUUAAUUUCUCCGUAGCCACU